AUGGCUGAUGAGAAGACCUUCCGCAUUGGCUUCAUCAUGCUGGGGCUCUUCCUGCUGGCCCUCGGCACAUUCCUCAUGAGCCACGACCGGCCCCAGGUCUACGGCACCUUCUACGCCAUGGGCGGUGUCAUGGUGAUCGGGGGUGUCAUCUGGAGCAUGUGCCAGUGCUACCCCAAGAUCACCUUCGUACCCGCUGACUCUGACUUCCAAGGCAUCCUGUCACCGAAGGCGCUGGGCCUGCUGGAAAAUGGGCUCACUGCUGAGAUGAAGACGCCCAGCCCCCGGACCCCCUACGUCAGGCUGUGGGAGGAAGCCGCCUACGACCAGAGCCUGCCGGACUUCAGCCACAUGCAGAUGAAGGUCAUGGGCUACAGUGAAGACCCCCACCCCGUCCUGGCUCCUAAGCCGGGACGGCCACAGCCAGGAGCCAGCGAUGGAGGAGAAGGUGGCCCUCGCGACCCUCAGGCCUUGUUGGAAGCCGCCGUGGUCAUCCACAGGGGCUCGGACCAGGACGAGGGAGAAAGAGACCCAAGUCAGGGCAGGCCCGGCCCCCCGACCUGUCCCCAGGGCCCUGCACCCUUGGCUUCCUUCCAAGAUGACCUGGACGUGGGCUCCAGUGAGGGCAGCAGCCCCAACCUGGCACCAUCUGAGGGGGCGGAGCCCCGGCCUGCAACCCCGGAGCCCCAGGCUUGCAGGUGCCGGCUGGACCGCUUCCAUGACUUUGCCCUCAUUGAUGCCCCAACGUUGGAGGAUGUGCCUCCAGAGAAGCAGCUACAGGGGGCAGCCCUGCCCAGCUCCUGCCAGAGACCCCCGAGGACAAAGCGGGAGGAAGAGGAGGCUUCGGACGCAGGUACAGAGGAGCCGGAACAGGAAGAGGAAGACUUGUACUACGGGCUUCCCGACAGCCCUGGGGACCCCCUUCCGGACAAGGAACUGGACUUUGAGCCCGACGCCCAGGGCUGA